UGUUAGUUCGAAGGCGUGCUUGGAACCUUAGGCUUUCCCCAAAAGCGCAUAUGGUUGCAUGGUUUAGCCAGUAGAGAGCUCGGACAGAAGUUCAACAUCUUUUAUUGGAAAAAAACAUAUCAUCUGGUUCAGAUUCUGUUGUAUUUACGCGAAACUUGAAAUCAGAGUUGGGUUUUUCUAAUGGGACCCGUCAAGGAAAUCAAGAAGAGGAAGAAGAAGAAGGUUAACCCAAACGGGUUCUUCUUUUCAGCGCCGUCUUUGUCGCAGCAGCCGUUGGAUUGGUGGAAUGAAUUCUCCAAGAGGCUUACUGGCACUUUAUCAUCAGAAUCGAAGGAGCCGUGUAAUUUUGAAUCUCUUUUCAAGAUGUCAAGGAAGACAUUCAACUACAUUUGUUCACUAGUGAAACACGAUUUGAUGGCAAAAUCCACCUACUUUGUGGAUAUUCACGGGAAGCCUUUAUCGCUGAAUGAUUGUGUAGCUGUUGCUCUUAGAAGGCUGAGCUCUGGAGAUUCACUGUCAAUAAUUGGUGAAUCACUCAGCAUUAACCAAUCAACUGUUGCCCAAAUAACAUGGCGGUUUGUGGAGGCCAUAGAGGAAAGAGGCCUCCACCACCUCCAUUGGCCAGAAACAGAAUCAUCAGAAGCAGAAGACAUAAAGUCCAAGUUUGAUAAACUAGGACUCCCAAACUGCUGUGGGGUCGUCGACACCACCCGAAUUGUGAUGAGCUUCUCACUCGACGAGUCAAACAACAUUUGGCGCGAUCGUGAUAACAAACAUAGUAUGAUCCUGCAAGCGAUCGUGGGGCCUGAUAUGAGAUUCCUUGAUGUAGUUUCCGGUUGGCCAGGCAGCUUGAGUGAAUCUGUCGCUCUAAAGAACUCCAGUUUCUUUACGCUCGCCGAAGAAUCGAAACGUCUGAAUGGAAAACGAAUUAAGCUAUCAGAUGACCAGGAAGGGAAAGAGCUGCAGGAAUACAUUGUAGGCCAUGCAGGAUUUCCUCUUUUGGCAUGGCUUCUUACUCCUUAUAAUGGAAAUACAAAGCUUUCUGAUUCACAAAGGGGGCUCAACAAACAAAUUUUCGCAGCUCAAGGUAUAGCGAAAACAGCGUUGUUUCGGUUGAAGGAGACGUGGAAAAUUAUCGGAGGAAUGAUGUGGAGGCCUGAUAAGAACCGUUUGCCUAGGAUCAUACUCGUGUGUUGUAUUCUGCAUAACAUACUUAUUGAUUUGGAGGAUGAGGUUCAAAUGAAGAAUCCUGUGGCUUAUAAUUACCAUAAAUCGUCAUGCAAAUCGCGAGUUUACAAAGAAGGGUCGAAGUCAGCCUCUGGUCUUCGAGAGAUGGUGUGCCUCCAAUUAUCAAGGAAGAAACCCGAUCCAUUUGUCGACUAAUCUUGGUCUAUUUGUGUUGAAGCAAAUGGGUAUUUUUGUUUUGGUCAAGUAAUUCAUUCUAUAUGGUGUUGAAUUGUGUAACACUCAUUUUAUUGGGGUAUUCUUUUGUUACAUUUCCUUACUUUGACCUUAUUUUUAAAUUUGAAUCAAGUAGAUGUCUUAAUUUAUAGAUUUUUA